AUGCCUCCAAAAGAUCCAGAACUAAUUUCCCUUCGAAAAGAAUUGGAAGAUUUAAUUGCAAAAUGUCAGGUAAUACAUUCGAUUGUUUAAUUAAUAUUGUCUCAUUUAUAAUAUUUUUUGCAAGAUUUCACCUUUUUUUUAUAUAAUUAAAAAAAUUUACUUUUUUUAUAAUCUAUAUAAUCAAUAGGCACUUUUGUUUAAUAAUAAUUAUUAACUUCAAUCUCAUAAAAAGAAUUAACAUUUGUUGGAAAAUAAUUAAACUAUGAGAUAAAUAUAAGUCAUUAAAAUAAGACACACCAUCAGAAUUACAAUCAGGAUUUGUUAUGAAUAAUUAUUUUUAUUAAAAUAAUAGCUAGGAAUGUAAUGUGUAUGAUAUAAAAUCCUAAAAAUUCUAAAUAGUAAACUAUUAAAAUGCACCAAUUUUUUUUUUUCUAAUAAUUUUGGUAUAAAUUUUAAAAAAUUAACAGAAAUCAACUUGGACUUCUUUUAACCUGAAAAAACUCCUACUUAAUAGUAUUGAUUUUAGUGAUCUAAGAAAUCAUUAAACAAUCUGGGUAGUAACAUCACAGAAUAGAUGAAAUUCUAUUCUGUUGCAAUAUUACCAUUAUCUGAUAAUAUAAUAUUAGUGUCUAUUUUACAAUUUGUUAGGCACCUGUAAUAAAAAUCAUAAAUUUGAUAGAAAAUCGACUAAAAAUUAAAUUUUCCAUCUCAUUUAAAAGUGGUACAUGAAACAAAUUUGUAACACUACAAAUAUCAGGUAUCAAUCUUUGAGAAAUCAUUGAAAUCACAGCUCUAUUAUUAUUUAAGAAUGUCCAUUAAUUUUACUAUCUGAUUAAAUGUUUAUACAAUAAACAUUAUAUUUUUAGUUAGUAUUUUUCUUACAUUUUAAUUUGACUAAUUUAUGUUAUUACACAAAACCAAAUUAACCUUUUUUUUUUUUUUUAUGUCAUUAGAUACCUUUGAAGGUGAAAUAUAUUUACUAGGGUUUCAUAUGGUUAAUUCGAAAGUUACUGUUUAGUAUUUACUAUUGAUUUUUGUAGAAUGUCAAUAUAAACUCAUUAGAUAUUAUCUAUAACAUUAUGAGUAUAAAUUUAAAAGACGAGCCUAUGCAAUUGUUACUGAGUUUUAAAUUGAAAUAUACCCAAUUAUUAUUUUUUUUUUCUAAAUUAACAAAUCAGAUUUUAAUAAUAAAAAAAUUAAAAUUAUCAACGUUUUAUGGUAUCAGAAUAAGUGUAUUUUUACUACAAUAACAUGUCUUGCAGAAAAAUUUCUCACAUCCUAUAGAAUUGUCGGAUUUAGUUAAUUUUUUUUAUUCAGAUGAGGGAACAUUUUGUGGGUCGGAUAGAAAAAAAAUAUCAUAAUACUGAUAAAUGAAGUUAAAAUAUGCAUUUGAAUAAUGUCAAUAUAUGUUAUUUUUUAAAUAUAUUUUCUAGUACUAUUCAAAGUUAAAUGAAAAUUCAUAUUUCUAUCCAACCUGUAAAAUAAUUUCUCUUCUUUGAAAUAAAAAAACAUUAGCUUCAGUAUCCUGGCACCUAACUUUGAAAUUUUAACUUAAAAAUUAUGUAAUGAAUUAAUUGAUAAUUUGUUGAACGAAAUUCAAAAUUUUUACUCCAUUUAACACCCGAAAACUGUAUUUUUUUUUUAUUUUCGAAGUGCUGAGGAAAAUGCCAGCAUCGGUAUAAAUGUGCUUAGAGACUUCAAACUGAUACGAGACGAUAUGGUUAGUGAUAGGCACUACCGGGUACCGAGUGAAGCUAUCGAAGUACUCGAUAGUUUCAAACUAUCUACUUCGUUGUUUUUAAAAAUGAUCGAUUAUCGACACCAUUUAUUCAGUUGGAAAAGUACUCUGUUGUUUUUAAACUAAUGAGUCAAAAAUACUAGGUUGUUUUUUAAACUAUCGAUAAUUGAAAUCGGUCGGUGGCCGGUGCUACUACUGAAUGACAACUAUCGACUAAUUCAUUCGAUAAUUUUUAAAACCAUCGAUGGAUAACAUUGCCUAUUCAAUCGAUAAAUCACCCUGUUGUUUUUUCAACUAUCGAUUAACAAUCGACAGUCAAAACUGGUUGGUUCCGUCCAUUACUAGUUACGGCAAAGUUUGUUUUAAUCUGUUAUAAUAAAUUCGGAAUAUAUUAUUCCAUUUUAACACCCAAAGAAGACUAUCUGCUAGUUUUUCUUUCCAGUAUAUAUUCCUGUACAUACAAGGUGAUAUAUUUAAGUAAGUAUACUCAAUACCACGGAAUGUCAAAUUUUUUCGAAAUUUGUUUUACAUAACAUUUAAGUUUUUGAAUAAUAAAUUACAAGUUUUAACCUGUCGCUUUGAACCGAUUUUCACCUAUUCUGGUGCCGGGGAAAGUUUAACCCAACACCCCAUACUAGGUAAUAAAAAGACGGUUUUCGGGUGUUAAAAUGGAGUGACAAAUCAUUAACUUAUUCUUGACAUUUUGAUAGUCGGGUGCCGGGGUAAUAAUGGACCUAAAACCAAUGAUUAAAAUUUGACAAAUAUGUACAAGGCGUUAGAGUUUUUCAUGUGAAAACAGUUUUGUUCAUCUAUAUAAUGCUAUACAUUUAAUUUUGAUCAAAGUGAAACACCGACUUUUGCGUGACUGUCCUUAUCGGCGCGUGCACGCUGUUAUAACGUUCACAUUUUCCGUAACCACAUCGAGUCAAGAAAUUCGGAAUAAUAUAACGACAACAGUUCCAAUUGUGUACGGCAGUACACCGACCUUAUCCAACCAUGAAGUGACUUAACCUUUUUUUUACAGAGGGCAUAAAAAAAAAAUAAAUAAUUCUUGGCAGGCCGAAAAUUUAAACUUUUACUUUCAAGUUAAUGGAAUAUUUUAGAUUAUGAGUGGAGUGACGGAGCUUAUGGUUUUAAAAUGAUGUUUUUUUUUUUUUCUAUGAAAAACUUUUCUACUAUACUCCGCACCACGAGAGAAAAUAAUCGAGUAACUCGAUUAUUUGAAUGUAUCGAGUAAUUCGAUUAUUAGAAAAAUAAUCGAAUGAAAAAUUAGUAAUUACUAAUUAAUAGUUACUAUUUGUACAAUCACUAGUUCAGUAAUUUAAUAGUUGGUGAUUAAUCGAAACAGUAUCAGUAAUCAUUCUUAUUUCUUUCUACUAUUUUAUUGACUACUAAUAACUAAUAUUACCUAUAUUGCUAUUGUCUUAUCGCGGACGGUGUAUCAAAACAUUCAGAACAGCGGCAUGCCUGCACAAUGACGUUCUUAUCUCGCGCAAAGUAUAAUAAUGUACGAUAUGAAUCAAAAUAAAAUAACCCAUAGUUUACUAUUGUGCGCAAAUGCUAAGUAGAUCAUUCUAAUCAUUUCUAGAUGAUUCUAGAAUCAUAAAUGAAACAGGUAGUUGCUAAUUUGCUAAUGUUCCUAUUCUAAUUUUGAUCACACACACACACACCAUAUAAUAAUUAACUAUUUUAUAAAUAACGAAUGACCCUUAUUUAGGUACAUUUUAUUGUAUCGUUUGUUUCAUUAGUUGAAACCGUCUGCGUAUCGUAAAACAUCGUAUACGAAAUUAACGCGUAUCGUAAAAAAUCCGAAAUAAAUUUUUAACUUUUAAAAUGCGACCAGGCAGUCAAAAACGUUCUGUAGUGUGGGAGCAUUUUAGAAAAAAUGCCGAUAAAAGUGUAGUUAAUUGUCAAAUCUGUAAAAAAGAAUUAAAGUUUUACGGAAAUACAACUAAUUUAAAAUGUAAGAAUGUUGUAGAUUUAAUGAAUUAUGAGUGUUACUGCUCAGAAUCUAAAAUAAUAUGAAUUUUUCGCGGUAUAUUGAGUGAUUCUUAUCUACUCUAUUAGGUACAUCGAACAAAUCACUCGAUUAUGAAAAAUCAAAAUUUCUAUCGAUUAGAUAACAAUCUUAAUCUAUUCGAUUAGGUACAAUAUUUCGAUUAUUUUAAUCGAGUGAAUCGAUAAUAUCUCGAUUACUAAUCUCUCGAUUAUCGAAGUCAUUCGAUUAUUCCCAUCACUAGAAAUAACCCGUUUCGCGCAUGCAGACUGACGGCAGGGAGCGUUACUGGGCUCCGUUUUCCCCACUUUGUCCCCUACAGUUCGCAAUGUGGUGUGCAUACAGCGCAAAAUAAGUGAUAUACAGAGCGAUUAUAUUAUAAUGUUGUUUAUAAUAUCGUAUAUCACGUGCAGAACAAAUCAUUAAACAGUCAACGGAGUGAAAGUAAUUGCGCGGUUCAUAGUGGCACAGACGCAUUGACAUACUGUAUCAAGUGUACGUAAUGACUCAUUAGUCAUAAUUCACACGUAGAUCUAUACAUCGUUCCGAUCGUUAAAGAUUGUGAUCGUGCAACGACGGUAUGUCAAAUAAGUGGGAAAUAAGUGAAUUCAAACGCAAUUUGGUUAGGACACGGGUUACUUCUCUCGUGGCACGGAGUGUAGAAAUCUUGUUCCGAUAUUUAAGUGUAGCACUUGUAAAGAAAAUCUGGGGAGAUACUUUGGGAAUACUUUGGUGGGCUGAUUAAUAAAUGAUCGAGGACCGUAGGUGAUCACUACUGGUGUACGGCAAACAGCUAUCAGGUUAACAGUCAAGUAUCCAAAUAAAUCCCACUGAAAUUAUACGUUCUUUCAAUAUUUCUCACUCAUUUUUGAUUAUCGUAUAGCUAAUUGUGAACUAAUAAAGAUUAGGUAUUUGAAGUCAUUUAGCUGAAACUUAACUCUAUCCCAGAUCGAUCUAAAUCCAGCAGUCAAUAUUUUCUAUGAUGCAUUACAUUAUUGUUUCCUUAGUUUUGUCCCACUAAGAAACAUCAUUUAGUCCCCAUUUCCUUCCUAAUUCUCAAAAGAACUUAAAAACUUAGUAUUUCUAAAACUAAAAGCUCAUUCCAAAUUCAAUGCUUCAGGAACCAGAUCCGAUUAUUUUGAGUUUUCUGUGCUCAGAGCUCGUUCUAAGUUUGUGAGUAAAAAUUGUUAUAGAGCAUAAUAUUAUAUUAAAAGUUACACUUUUAACAAUAUGAACGUUGCGGAAUAUUCUAAUUUUUAGUUUCGGUAAGGGAGAAUUAGUGGAACACUAUUAGUUUGUGUAGUGGCACGGUACGCGUGCGGUGUUUGUAUAGUGUUCCACUACACUUCCCCUGUCUAAACUAAAAAGUGGAAUAUCUCGUUAACGGAUUGACGCUUUGACGAACAUCAAAAAUGUCAACACCAAAAUUUAUUUGAAUUUAUACUCCGUCUAUCUAUGGUUAUUCGAAUAUAGGUUACCAUUUAAAUUUUUUAAAAGUUGACCUCCAAAUUCCAUUUAAAAGGGCAUCUAAAAAUGUUAAGUCCACAUAUAAUUUUAGAUUAAACUAUUUAAUAAAAAUGUUACAUUAUACAUUAUUCUCUAUUAUGUAUAUUUAUAGAAGAAAAUUAUGAUCCCGCUAUAUACUUGUAUGUAUUAUAAUACAGGGUAAUCAAAUGAAGUAAAUACCUGCUCGCAUAUUUGACAAAAUUCAAUAAUUUGUGCUUAAUUUGAUAUUUUUCUGAGAUUUUCCAAUUACAAUAUAAUUUCAUAAUAUAUGUACCUACUUACACGUAUACAUUUUUAAGACUCUGUUUUUGUUUUUAUUUCUGCAAAUUCAGUUUUUUUGGCCUGUUUUGUCUUACUGGUAAGUUUGAAUAAUAUUAUUUGUACCUAUUUAUCUGUAUCGUAAUAUUGAAAAAAGUUCAAAACAAAAUUCAUUCGACUAUUGAUUUCCUAUACCUAAAAAAAUAUAAAGCUUAAAAAAGCACUAUUUAAAUAUUAUACUCAACAUUGAAAAUCGUAGAAUCGAUUUAAUUUUAAGUAUUUUGGAAUAUUUUCCCGAUUGAAAUUAACUAUAGAGUUAGGUGAUUUAGUUAAUCUAUAUGUCUACAACGCCAUUGUUUUUUAUACAGCAAGACCAAAAAAGCAAACAAGACAAAACCAUCGAAGAAAUAUCUAAUGAGAUGGCUGAUGCACCAAAAUGUAAACUGGCCACUAAAAAAAUGCUCAAAGGACACAUUAAUAAAGUGAAUUCCGUCCACUAUAGUGGCGAUAGUAGGUAAUUGAAUCUGACUUUCAAAGUCUAUAAUGUAAAAAAAACUUACGCUGUGUGAUAUAUUUUACAGACAUGCGGUUUCCGGUUCGUUGGACGGAAAAUUAAUCAUAUGGGACACGUGGACCGGUAAUAAAGUGCAAGUGAUACCGUUACGUUCGGCUUGGGUUAUGUCCGUGGCCUUUGCACCAACUGGCAAUUUUGUCGGUUAGUUUAUUAUUAUCUAUUAUGUGCAAUAUAAUGAUUAAAGCUGAGCGAGUUACUCAAUUUGAAUACCGCCUAUUUGACUGAUUAAGUCAUAGUUAUACCUAUAGUUAUAGUAAUUUGGUAUAGAUAAGUACCUACAAUGUCUUAUUAAUACACAAGAAUAUAAUUUAGGUGCCUACUCAAAGAAAAAAAGUAACAAAAGUCACUAGAUACAUAUAAGUAAAAAAUUACUUUUAGAUUCUAAGCUAAGCAAGGAAUGCGUUGACUUUAUUAUGUUUUUUUUUAACAGUACUUUUAUAGGUACCUUUGUAGGUAGAAAUAUUGCUCCAAUCAAUAUCUUUGUAGUAACUUUCUUGUAUCAUUAUUGAUCUAGUUGAUGCAUUGCGGGAGUAAUAUUAUAAUUUUUCUUAGUAGUUUUCUAAAUAAUUGAGAAGAACCUAGUAAUUGUUUUAAUAAUUUUUGUGUUAUACCUGCAUCAAGUAAAAAAUAUGAUUAAUAAUUAUCUGCUCAGAAUGGUUUUUCUUAGGCAAUCAAUGUUCGUAUUGGGAGGAAAGUACAGGACAAAACUACCCACGGGUUAGUUUGAGUUCAAUAAUUGCAAGGGACGCUAUUUUUUAAGUUGUAAAAUCCUAUUUCUUUUAUUACAGUUACAUGAAAAAUAUAUAGUUCACUAGUUUGUUAACCAGUUUGUUCGUUUUUCGUUCACUUAGAAGAACUAGUUCAUUAUUGUUUUUUAAAUUAAUAUUUUUUUCUAAUUGCAUUUUAGCUUGCGGAGGAAUGGACAAUAUGUGUACUAUUUACGAUCUGAAUAAUCGCGAUUCCAAUGGAGGAGCGAAAAUGGUACGUGAAUUAUUGGGAUACGAGGGCUUUUUGUCUUCGUGUCGGUUUGUUGACGAUAAAACAUUGAUCACCGGAUCCGGAGACAUGAAACUGUAAUUAUUAAUUUGAAUAUUUAUAAUUAAUAGUAUUACCUAGAAAUUAUUAAUUGAUGUCUAUCUCCGAUCAUCCAUCACCUGUCAUAUCUCACAUACCUAUCAUUAUACAACAAUCCAUUGUUAUUAUUAUUGUUCUAAUCUUAAGUUAAUGAUGCCAACUAAAAAAUCUUAAAUAUUGACUAUAUCGCUAAUUGAUAAAUAUCGUUAAAAUGACUUGAGUAAACACUGGAAUACGAUUUUUUUCACCCAAAAAAAAAAAAACAUUUUAUUAACAAACUAUAAAUGUUUACACAUUUUUAAUAAUUAAUCAGUUAAUUUUAACACGUAUUUUAAAUGAGAAAAAUAUAUUUAGUACCUAUUCACUAAGGUAUACCCAAAUAGCGGUAUAUCUACUAUAGGUAGGAUUUUUAUAAGCCGAGAAGUUCGGAGGGUCUCUAAAAAUUAGAGAAUAUAAUAUUACUACCAACAUAUCCAGGUACCAUCUAUCUAUCAUCUAUGCAUUCUUAUUUAACCUGAAUUUAUUACCAACGUAAAUACAUAUUUAUAUUACUAUGUUCGUCGUUAUAAUUUCAUACUUGUAUUAAUAUAGUUGCAUGUGGGACUUAGAAGCCGGCAAAAGAACAAACGAAGUGGCGGCCGCACACUGCGGUGAUGUUGUUUCUUUGUCGUUAGCACCGGAUCAAGCUACUUUCGUAACCGGUAGCGUAGACAAGACUUGUAAACUUUGGGAUCUCAAAGAGUUGAAAUGCAAGCAAAUGUUCUUCGGACACGAGGCUGACGUGAAUUCAGUUUGUGUAAGGGAUUUUUUUUUCAUUACAGUAGAUACACAUUCCUAUACCUGCCACCUGUUGAAAGUUACUUAUUAUAUCUGUAUCUUUUUUAAUUGGUACAUAUUUUGAAGAGGUUAAGGCUCUUGAAUUAAUAAUUUUUUCUCCUUAGAAUCGAUCAUACACAGGGGAUUGGUGACAGUAUAUAUUUUAGUCAAUAUAGACCUAAAAGCCAGACAAAAGUGUAGGAAUUACGUUUGACGGAUUUCAAUUAUGAAAACAGAUUAUAAUUCUUUAGGUUUUUUAAUAGAAUAUGUUAAAAUAGAAAUUUAAAAAAAUUUGAUUGUAUUUUGAACAAUUUUGAACAAUUUACUUAAGUAUUAUGUCUUUAACCAUAUGAUAAAAAAAACUUUUAGGUUUCCGCGAGAGGAUAGUACAAGUAUAUCAUUUGUGUGACAACACGUUGUGGGUAGUUUUAAUAAUGUUUCACCACUCUACCCCUUCCCAACUUAAUAGUGGAAUACCUCGUUAACAGGUUGACGAUAAUCAGAAAUUUCAACACCGAAAUUUAUUUAAACUAAUACUCCAUUUGUUUUUUUAAUGUUGAUUGUUAUUUGAAAAUCAAAAGUAGGUUGUAGUGUCUCACUCCUUAAAAUAAAAACGACAAAAUAUAACCGAAAUGCAACAUUUUAGAGCUACUUGUUUCUUAAAUGAUCUAAAAAACAAAUGUAAUACUUUCCGUGGUAAUGAAUUUUUUACAUUGUGUGGAUCAUUCUGUAUACAUGUAUAGGCAGUAGUUGAAACGUAAAAUUAAUCAACAAAGCACGACCACAUACACAAAAACGAUUAAUAGAAGCGGGAGAAAUGGUUCGUUGACCUUCUUUCAAAUAUUGGGUUUGACCAAAAAUCGAAAUUUAUAUAAUAUCCUAGCCAUAUGGAAACUAAAAACCGUAUGACCGAAGUUGAAUUAUUUUAUUCCUUGGCCAGAUGACAUUUUUGUUCUAGAGACAAUAUUCUUCGUAGUCUUAUUUAAUUAGGUAUUUGGUACACUCAAAGAAUUUCGCAUUCCUAUCAAAAAUUCCAAUAUUUAAGGGAUUGCGUAUAAGCAAUUAUGAUGACAUUUUUAGAAUAAUUAAUAUUUAUCUAUUCAAAGUUAAUUUAAAAUUGAUCUGUAUCACUAUCAAAAGUAUUUAUUGUAAAAUCGUAAAAUUUAAUGAAACAAAUCGUCACACAAAACAAAAAAAUAACCUUCCAACUUUUGAUUUUCAAAUGGCAACCUAGUAACAGAGCACUAGUAAAAAGCCACGCACUGUACCGCUACACGAAUAAUGCUCCACGAUUCUCCGCCUACACAAAAUCAUAAGAGUGGACCAAAAUUAAUAAUAACGUUACAUUUUUAGCUACUUGUUUCUAAUUCUAAAUUUAAAAAAAGUAUGAAAAAGUUUUUUACUUUCCAUGAUAUCACAAAGAUCAUAUCUUUGUAAGACAAUUUAUAUAUAGGUACUUUUCAAAUUGAGUUUAUAUAGGUAUUCAUUUUUCGGUACAAGGUUUUUAUUUUCAAAAACUUUGCAUUCCAUUUUCUUUUCAAUUAUGUUUUUGUUGUUAUAAUAAUCAUAGUGACGUCAAAUUUUCACCAAAUACUUUUGUUAGUAUUUUCCAUUGACGUGGUAGAAUUUUCAAAAAAUUCCGCUGAUUUUGUACCAAUAUUUUUAAUUUUUUGUUUUAGAUUCUGAGCGGAGCGAGGAAUGUAUUGGUUUUACAAUGAUUUUUUUUUUUUUUUUUUUAUUUGAACACUAUAGGGUGGUACUAUAAAACGGUCAUUUUUUAAAUUAUUAUUAAUAUUCGAGAUAAUGAGGAAAACCUGGUUCUAUAGGUUAAAAAAGAUUGAAAGAUUAAAAAUAAGGUUGUCAUUGGGGACCGUUUUUUUUUUUAUUUUUUGUUAUUAUUAAGUUUUUAUCAUUUUAAAUCUUUUUUUAAAUAAUAAUUUUUGUCAUGGAAACGUACAUUGCUGUAAUCAUUUUACCAUAAUAUGACAUAAAUAUUGUUGAUAAAGCAACACUAUCAACUGAACUCCGCUCAGAAUCGUUUAUCGUUAGCAAUGGUUUAUCAUUACUUACAGAUAUACAUUCAAUUUUAAUCUGUAUCGUACCUUCUUUACUUCCCACCUUCAACAAUGAUUGCACCCACGUGUAAAAUAAAAAAUUGUUUGGAUCCAGUAAAAAUGCUCAAAAAUUAAACUCUAGGUUCAUUAAAAGUUUACUUUAAUAUUUGAAAAAAUAAAUUUUAAAUGUAAUACAGAAGUUUUUUUUAAAAGCGAUUUAAUUUCAAAUUUCGACGAAAAUCGUAGAAAUCAUAGCAUUCCAAAAAACAAGUUUAACUUAACUUUGCUAAGAAUCGGUUUUCAUUAGCAAUGAUAUUGCUAAUGAUGUUACGUACAUAUAUGGUAGGUAUAACUUAAACAUAAAUAUAAAGAUAUAUUUUAUACUAAAUGCCUAUCUAACUUCACACCUACAAUUCCACUUCAGCUCGUAUUUUUAUAUUUUCGUUCAAUAAUGCGAACGGGAAAGCUAUUAAAAAAAUCGUAUUCAAAUAAUUAUCUAUAGAAAAAAAAUAUUAACAUACAGAGAAAAAAUCUUAUCUACAUACGAAUGCCUAUUAUAUAAACUAGGUAGGUAUUAUAUAUUUUAACGGUAGAUAAAAGUCCAGCAAUUAUUUAAAAUAAGGUUGCCAAUUAAAAUUAGUUUAUCACGUUAAUGGUUGGUUUAGGUACAACGGAGAAAGGGUAAACAAUUAAAACUGAUGAUGCGAAAAACAAGUUAUAUAGUUUACCAAAUAUCCGACUGAAUAUAUUUCGAAUUUCUUAUGAUUCACUGUGUGCGCUUAAUGGUAAUUUAGAGACCAUUCUGCGGUUUAUUAUUGUUUGUCAACUACUUACCCCUUCCCUCCCCUCCUCUCGAUCGUAUAUAUGUAUUAAUAUUAAUUGAAGUCAUUGGCAAUAUUUUGAUCAUGUAAUAAUUAUAUAUGUACGAUUUAUUUUUUUCGUUAUGAUAAUGUUUAUUAAUGUAGAGUAGUUAAGCUCAUCAUACAUUAAGUACUUAUUUCCUUGUCGGUUAAUAAAAUAACAGACACACUGCAGAAAACGAACUUCAUAUAAUUUUAGCUCAUUUUAAGAUGCUAAUACACUUAUAUUGAAAUAGAAUAUAAGAAUAUUCACUGAUUUUUAUUAUUUUUUUUUUGUUUGCAUACAUUUUAGAGACAUGUCUCACUGCUUGAAGUAGAUAAUUUUGAAUGUGUUGUUUCCAUAAUUUUACUGUGAACUAAUAGAUACCUAUGUACCUACAUAUUUUUCCAUAAAUAAUAAACAUUUACACCGAUAGAACAUAUUUUUAUAUUACUCUUGUACCUAUAACAUAUUUAUAUGUAUUACUAUUAGGUGUUUGAUAUAGGUAGGUACGUGAGGUAAUUAUGACUUGCUUUUUGCCAUCUCACAAAAGCUGAAUGAGUCUAAAUUGUGCAACAUUUACUAUCAAUAAUAAUCAAUAAGUUACUGAGUUAGCCUUUAACCUAACACACUAUAGCACAACAGAACAAAUACUACUAUAUGGUACAAAAUAUUAUAAUAAUUUUUUUAUAGUAUACUUAAUACAGUAAUACAUAACUAUCGACAAGGAAAAAAAAUUUGUAACUGAGUAAGGGAAAUUGAUCGGCAUACAUUUUAUUUUUAAAUAUAAGUACCUAUAAUCGGUCAAUAAUUUUAUAAGUAGAACUUGAACAAUAAAUAAUAAUAUACCUGAUUUUAAAUAAAUUUAGCGUAGAAUUUCUGUGGUAUUCACUAAAAUUUAUUGUCGAAAUUACCAAGCCCAGAUUUUGAAUUUUCAAGACGGGUUAAAAUAAUAUUUUGAACUCGCCUUGAAUUCAUCAAUUUCAUAUUAAAGAUCAAAGGUGUGUCAAGUUUAUAUAAUAUUAAAGAAUUUUAUUUAAUUUCCAUUAUGGUUCUUAGUUUCUUAGAUAAUAAUAAUAUUAUCUAUGCAUGCAGGUUUUACCAACAAUUUAUAUUUAUUGAAGGUAUUAUACUUACCAUAUAUUAAAACAUUUAGACAUAGGUACUUUCUAUAUCUAGCUGGGUACAUCUACCAAUGGUUAAUAAAAAAAAAAUAAUAAAAAAAAGAGAACAAAACAAUAAUAUAAUUUAUACCUAAUCUGUUUAUUGGUUAAAGUUUCACAACAGUGGCUAUGGGUUUGUGACGGCUUCGGAAGACAAGUCUGCGCGUCAGUACGACAUCAGAUCCGAUCAACAGAUUGCCAUGUACAAACCUCCAAAUACCACGUCGGGGUUUACAUCAUGCGGUUUGUCGGUGUCCGGUAGAUUUCUGUUGGCCGGUAGCGACGACAACUCGAUUCACGUAUGGGACACGAUGAAAGUUCAACACAACGGUGAUUUAAUAUUACAUACACAUAUUCGCCCUUUUCCCAAAUAUUUGGAUUCAGCAACCUAGGUUCUAAAUUUCCAUAUUAUCCUCAACCAUGGUAAUAACCAUCUCCUUUUCGGUCUUUAUUUUACCAUCCAAAUUACUUUAUUAAACUACUUUUACAGCUUUUGACUUAAAAGUUCUCAUAUCCAAUUCUUAUAAGUUCAUAGUACAUUCUACCUCGUCUUAUCGACUAUCGAUACAAUGCUUAUAUAUUAUGGGUACUAUUCUCUCUAGUGAAUUCAUUCGUCCAAUAAUCGGUUUUGUAAAAUUCAUUUUUCAGCUAAAUUGGAAUCCUCUUAUCAUACUAUACCUACCUCCCUAACUUCCUUAUUCCAUUCAUACAACCAAACUUAAUGCUAUAAGUUACACGCCCUUCUCAAAUCAAUCGUUUUACUGUAAGAAAGGCAUACUAAACACUUAAACAUCUCACCUACUUCGUCCUAAAUUCAGGAAAUUACAGGACUAAAAACUUAUAUUAUCUUUUUCUAGAAGUGGUUAAAUUUUCAAAACAUUUGUGCCAUUUUUGAACUAUUUAUAGACAUUUUAUGAGUUUUAAUUUUGUGAGUUUUGUACAUAAUUUCUAUUUGAUGAGUACUCUGUGUAUUAUAUUGUUAAACUUGACAGAAAUGCAUGCAAAUUUAACAGAGGUUCAUUAAAAGUCGUACAUUGUGGUUAAAAAAAAAAUUGAGUUAAUAUAGUAUUUUUUAGAUUUCGAGCGUAGGGAGGGGAGCUAUUUUUUUUUUUUUUUUAGUCUGCGGGCACGUUUUAUUUUAGUAAACUUGCUCCGAUUUUUACGUGUCCAAUUUUUUCUGAAAGCCCAAAUUGUCUAGAUUGUACUUUAAAGACGUAAUUUUUUGAUUUUCGACACCAUUUUUUAAAUAAAGGACUUAAGUGGGAAAAACGUAAGAAAACGUACAAUUUCACGAUUUUAUUAUUUUAUAAAAACACGGACGACGUUUUCUACCAGAAAAAAAUGAUUUAAUUUGAAAAAUCACAAGAUACCUUUUUCAUUGCCUUUUUGAUUUAAUUUCUCACCCAUCGUGUGAAGUAUGUUCCUAUUUUUAAUACCUAAUUUGAAUUCUUAGAAGUAACACAUUAUCUUCUUUUAAUUGUAUUACUUGUGUAGUUUACUACAUGUAUUUUGUAUUACUUGUACAGUAAUUUCAAACUAAAUUCCUUAAUUCUAAGUUAUGUAGUUUUGCUAUGUUGCCCGUUAGUGGAACUGACUGAGACAGUAAAUGCGGGCAUCACGUCUUUUUAACCCAUCACCACUUUGCCCAUUAUCAUACUAUACUAUCCAUACUCUAUACAUAAUAUUAAACCCAAGUGCAACUCUCCACUCCACUCCUCAAAUAUUAUGUUACUACUAUGCUCAAUAUGUAAAAUUAUUUUAACGUAUUAUUUAUAACGUUUGUAUAGGUACUUUAAGCGGACACGAGAACAGAGUGACUUCUCUGAGUGUAUCGCCAAACGGUAUGUCUGUGGUCACUAGUUCCUGGGAUAUGAACGUACGAGUUUGGGUUUAA